UAUUUCACAAUUGAUCACUGUGACAGUAUAGCUGUGGCUGUGCAUAAUGUUGGAGUAUAUUUUCUAAAGAAAAUUAUAUUGAUAAAGAGAUAGAAUUCUCUCUCAUUGACUUAAUUGGCAUUUCCAUCCCACACUAGCUAACACUUUCAUUCCUUCACCUCAAUUCUGCAGAUGAUAGGAAGAGAAAAAAGUCCUAAACAAAGGAGAAAAAAGUAAAAUGAUAAACCACACAUCAGUUACAGAGUUCAUACUGCUGGGAUUGACAGAUGAUCCACAGUGGCAAAUGGUACUUUUCGUCUUCCUCCUACUUACCUACAUGUUGAGUGUGACUGGAAACCUCACCAUUAUCACCCUUACCCUGCUGGACUCCCACCUACAGACUCCCAUGUACUUCUUCCUCCGGAAUUUUUCUUUCUUAGAAAUUUCAUUCACUUCUGUUUGUAUUCCUAGAUUCCUAGUAACUGUUGUGACAGGAGAUAAGACCAUUUCCUAUAAUGGUUGUGUGGCUCAGUUAUUCUUUUUCAUUUUCUUGGGAGUGACAGAAUUUUACCUUCUUGCUGCCAUGUCCUAUGACCGCUAUGUUGCCAUCUGCAAGCCAUUGCAUUACACAACCAUUAUGAACAGUAAAGUCUGUAUACUGCUCGUCUUUAGUUCUUGGCUGGCUGGGUUCCUGAUCAUCUUUCCACCUAUUAUCCUGCUGCUACAGUUGGAUUUCUGUGCAUCUAAUGUCAUUAAUCAUUUCAUUUGUGACUCCUCUCCCAUUCUGCAGCUCUCAUGCUCAAAUACUCGUUUCCUUGAACUAAUGGCCUUUUUUUUAGCUGUGGUGACCCUUAUGGUCACCUUGACACUGGUGGUACUUUCUUAUACGUACAUAAUUAAGACAAUUCUGAAAAUCCCUUCUGCAAGUCAGAGAAAAAAAGCCUUUUCCACUUGUUCCUCCCAUAUGAUUGUUGUCUCCCUUUCUUAUGGCAGCUGCAUUUUCAUGUACAUUAAACCCUCAGCAAGGGAAAGAGUAUCUUUGAGCAAGGGAGUGGCUGUACUCAACACCUCAGUUGCCCCCUUGUUAAAUCCCUUCAUUUACACCCUAAGAAACCAGCAAGUGAAACAAGCCUUCAAGAAUAUGGUUCAAAAGAUUAUCUUUUCUUUAAAUGAGUAAUUUUUUGACAUGGAAACUCCAAGUUACAAUAAAACUCAAUUACAAUAAAAUUUCAAGUUACCCUAUUCCACUCUUUUCUCAACUCGUUCCAUUUCAAUUAAUAACAAGUACAUUUGAUCACUUUUAUAUUUCUCAGAGUCAAAUCUUAUCUUUCCUCCAAAUGAAUUGUUUUUUCUUCC